ACGGAGCUGCUUUUGAUGAAUCAUCGGCCAUGCUGCUUAUUUUUCCUCUCUCCAUGGUUUUGGUUUAUCCUUUCUUCGACUGUAAAGACCAUCUUGCCCUCAGAUAAAAGGCAUAAACGGGUCAAAGGAUCUACCGGAAUAAAUCUGGACGCCCAUAUUUCCACACCCAUGUUCGCUGUCUUCACCCUUCUCUCUCUCCUUCGUCCAAACAUUUUCUCUCUCUAAACUUGAAACCUUGCCACUGCAACAAACGCAAGCACUCAAAGUGCUCCCAAUUUCUCACUCAUCACGUUUCUGCAAUGCACCGCGUGGGUAGUGCGAGCAACGGAAACAACUCAACUCGUCCUCGCAAGGAGAAGAGAUUAACCUAUGUGUUGAAUGAUUCUGAUGACACUAAGCAUUGUGCAGGCAUAAAUUGUUUGGCUCUGCUUACAUCUGAAGCAUCUGACGGGUCUGAUUAUCUCUUCACUGGGAGCCGUGAUGGCAGGUUAAAGCGAUGGGUACUAUCUGUGGAUAGAGCAACAUGCUCGGCUACUUUUGAAUCUCAUGUUGAUUGGGUUAAUGACGCUGUUCUUGUUGGUGACAGUACACUUGUUUCUUGUUCGUCAGAUACUACCCUCAAGACAUGGAAUGCCUUGUCCCUUGGAACUUGUACUAGGACGCUUCGGCAACACUCUGACUACGUUACAUGCCUUGCAGCAGCAGGAAAAAAUAGCAAUAUUGUUGCCUCUGGUGGCCUUGGUGGGGAGGUUUUUGUAUGGGAUAUAGAGGCUGCCACCACUCCAGUCUCUAAGAGCAAUGACAGUACAGUUGACGAAUCUUCAAAUGGUAUCAAUGGUUCUGGCAACUCACUACCAUUGACAAGCUUGCGAACUAUUAACUCAAGCACCAAUAUGUCCAUGAACACUAAUCAAACUCAGGGAUACAUUCCAAUUGCUGCCAAAGGCCAUAAAGAUUCUGUUUAUGCAUUAGCUACAAAUGAAAGUGGAACAAUUCUCGUGUCUGGUGGCACUGAAAAGGUUGUGCGCGUCUGGGACGCAAGAACAGGAUCAAAGACUCUAAAGCUAAAAGGUCACACAGAUAACAUCAGGGCUCUGCUUCUGGAUUCUACUGGCAGAUAUUGUUUAUCUGGAUCUUCAGACUCAAUGAUAAGGCUUUGGGAUAUAGGUCAGCAGAGAUGUGUGCAUUCUUAUGCAGUUCAUACAGAUUCUGUUUGGGCACUUGCCAGCACCCCAACGUUUAGUCAUGUUUAUAGUGGGGGGAGAGACUUUUCAUUAUACUUGACAGAUUUGCAAACCAGAGAGAGUAGUUUGCUUUGUACUGGCGAGCACCCUAUUCUUCAAUUAGCUUUGCACGGUGAUAACAUGUGGGUUGCAUCAACAGACUCUUCAGUUCAUAGAUGGCCCACUGAAGGAUGCAACCCUGAAAAGAUUUUCCAGAGAGGCAAUUCUUUUUUAGCAGGAAACUUGUCUUUUUCAAGAGCAAGAGUGUCACUGGAAGGAUCUACCCCUGUUCCUGUAUACAAAGAACCUACCUUAACUAUCCUUGGUACACCUGCAAUAGUACAACAUGGAGUUUUGAAUAAUAAGAGGCAUGUGCUGACAAAGGAUGCAUCUGGUUCAGUGAAACUUUGGGAGAUUACUAAAGGCGUUGUGAUUGAAGAUUAUGGAAAGGUUUCAUUUGAGGAGAAAAAGGAAGAGUUAUUUGAGAUGGUUAGCAUUCCUGCAUGGUUUACUGUGGAUACCAGGCUUGGGAGCUUGUCAGUUCAUUUGGACACACCCCAGUGUUUUUCUGCAGAAAUGUAUUCAGCAGAUCUUAACAUUGUCGGCAAGCCUGAAGAUGAUAAGGUUAAUUUGGGCCGCGAAACCCUUAAAGGGCUCAUGGCUCAUUGGUUGAGAAAACGAAAGCAGAGAACAGGAUCCCCAGCUUCGGCUAAUGGGGAGUUAUUAUCUGGAAAAGAUAUUGCUUCUAGAAGUCUUACCCAUUCAAGAAUUGAGGUUGAUGGUAGUUCUGAGAAUGAUACUAUGGUUUAUCCUCCGUUUGAAUUCUCAGUUACUUCCCCUCCUUCCAUUAUUACUGAGGGCUCUCAUGGAGGUCCGUGGAGGAAAAAAAUUACUGAUUUAGAUGGAACUAAGGAUGAGAAAGACUUCCCCUGGUGGUGCCUUGAUUGUGUCUUGAAUAAUCGGUUACCUCCCAGAGAAAACACUAAAUGCAGUUUCUAUUUGCAGCCGUGUGAAGGCUCCUCAGUCCAGAUUGUCACCCAAGGGAAGCUAAGUGCUCCACGUAUAUUAAGAAUUCACAAGGUUAUUAAUUAUGUAAUUGAGAAGAUGGUGCUUGACAAACCUUUGGACAGCUUAAAUGCUGAUGGUAGUUUCGCCCCUGGGGUUACUGGUUCACAGUCACAGCAUCAAACAGUUGGAGAUGGAUCCUUUCGAUCUGGAUUUAAGCCUUGGCAAAAGCUUAGACCUUCUAUUGAAAUAUUGUGCAGCAACCAGGUCCUAUCUCCUGAAAUGAGCUUGGCCACAGUGCGAGCUUAUAUAUGGAAGAAAACAGAGGACUUGGUUCUAAAUUACAGACUAGUUCAAAGCAGGUGACUACCAAUUGCAUAUGCAUCAGAGGUUUUGUUGUGAUUAUGUAAAAUGCUUCUGAGCAACUAUUGUUCUUGGGUUGCCUGCAUUGAUCGGUAGUAUUAUAGGAAUUUGUAAAUUCUUAGUGUUCAUUAUCACCAAAUUUAGUGACAUUCUCCAAACCUGCUUGGAUAGUUUAUUCUUUAUUGGAGAGCUGUUACUGUAAAUUUUGAACUAUAUCUAGCUGGCGUGCAUAGUUCUGCUGGACAUGGCGGUGUCUUCUGCAUCUGUCGCGAUGAAGGUUUUUAAUUGACUCUGUUGAGGAUUAGUGGGAAUCAUACUGCCAGAGUGGGGUGUUUUUUCAGGAAUCAGGUAGUUGAUAUAGAGAUGACAACGAAAACGUUGUAAAUUUGAAUUGUGAUAAUAUCUGGCCAGAGUAAUUAUGUUGUCCAGGUGCAUAUUUACAUCAUAAAAUUUUGUUAAUUCUAAUAAUAUUUUCAUUUGUUCAAA